AUGGAGCAACAGGCGCCGCCGCCCCCGCCGGGGGCCGUGGCGGGGGGCCGGACUCGGCGGGAGCGGGACGCGGAGCCUGCCCGGAUUUCUUUCUUUGGAUCCAAAUCUCUUGGAAGAAAAAGUCCUGGCAGUCCCAUGUUGAGCAAAGCUGAAUUUGUUGAGAAAGUUCGCCAGAGCAACCAGGCUUGCCAUGACGGCGAUUUCCACACCGCAAUCGUGCUCUACAACGAGGCCUUGGGGGUCGACCCCCAGAACUGCAUCCUCUACAGCAACCGCUCGGCAGCCUACAUGAAAAUCCAGCAGUAUGACAAGGCCCUGGAUGAUGCAAUCAAAGCACGGCUUCUGAAUCCCAAAUGGCCGAAGGCAUACUUCCGACAGGGCGUGGCCCUGCAGUACCUGGGACGCCAUGCGGAUGCACUGGCCGCCUUUGCGUCGGGGCUGGCGCAGGAUCCCAAGAGCCUUCAGCUCCUGGUUGGCAUGGUCGAGGCCGCCAUGAAGUCUCCCAUGCGAGAGUCCCUGGAGCCCACCUACCAACAACUGCAGAAGAUGAAGCUGGACAAGAGCCCCUUUGUUGUGGUGUCUGUGAUCGGCCAGGAGCUCCUGACUGCGGGCCACCAUGGGGCCUCUGUGGUGGUGCUGGAGGCUGCCCUGAAGAUUGGCACUUGCAGCCUGAAGCUGCGGGGAUCGGUGUUCUCUGCGCUGAGCAGUGCGUACUGGUCCCUUGGGAACACAGAGAAAAGCACUGGAUACAUGCAGCAGGACUUGGACGUAGCCAAGAGUUUAGGUGACCAGACGGGAGAAUGCCGAGCUCAUGGUAAUCUGGGCUCUGCAUUCUUCUCCAAAGGAAAUUACCGGGAGGCCCUUACUAACCACAGACAUCAGCUGGUGCUUGCCAUGAAGCUCAAGGACAGAGAGGCAGCGUCCUCAGCACUGAGCAGUCUGGGCCACGUGUACACGGCCAUCGGGGACUACCCAAACGCGCUGGCCAGCCACAAGCAGUGUGUGCUCCUCGCCAAGCAGUCCAAAGACGAGCUCUCUGAGGCGCGGGAGCUGGGCAACAUGGGAGCAGUGUACAUUGCAAUGGGGGAUUUCGAAAACGCAGUGCAGUGCCAUGAACAACAUCUGAAGAUUGCCAAGGAGCUGGGGAACAAGCGGGAGGAAGCUCGAGCCUACAGCAACCUGGGCAGUGCUUACCACUACCGCAGGAACUUUGACAAAGCCAUGUCCUACCACAACUACGUGUUGGAGUUGGCCCAGGAGCUGGAGGAGAAGGCCAUUGAGAUGCGAGCUUAUGCUGGCCUGGGCCAUGCAGCUAGAUGUAUGCAGGACCUGGAGAGGGCUAAGCAGUAUCAUGAAGAGCAGUUGCACAUUGCUGAGAGCCUGCAGGACCGAGCUGCUGAAGGCAGAGCCUCCUCCAAUCUAGGGAUCAUUCACCAGAUGAAAGGUGACUACGACACUGCGCUGCGGCUGCACAAGACACACCUGUCCAUAGCGCAGGAGCUGAGCGAUUACGCGGCCCAGGGCCGGGCCUACGGCAACAUGGGCAACGCUUACAACGCUCUUGGCAUGUACGACCAGGCUGUCAAGUACCAUCGGCAGGAGCUGCAGAUUUCCAUGGAGGUCAACGACCGUGCCUCUCAGGCGUCCACACAUGGGAACUUGGCAGUUGCCUAUCAGGCGCUGGGUGCCCAUGACCGUGCCCUGCAGCACUACCAAAAUCAUCUCAACAUUGCCCGGGAGCUGCGGGACAUCCAGAGCGAAGCGCGGGCCCUCAGCAAUUUGGGAAACUUCCACUGCUCACGGGGAGAGUACGUGCAGGCGGCCCCGUACUACGAGCAGUACCUGCGCUUGUCCCCAGAGCUGCAGGACAUGGAAGGGGAGGGGAAAGUUUGCCACAACCUUGGCUAUGCCCAUUAUUGCCUCGGGAACUACGAGGAAGCUGUUAAGUACUAUGAGCAGGAUCUUGCCUUAGCAAAGGAUCUGCAUGACAAGCUGAGCCAAGCCAAGGCCUAUUGCAACCUGGGCCUGGCCUUCAAAGCCUUGAUGGACUUCAGCAAAGCAGAGGAGUGUCAAAAGUACCUCUUGUCCCUGGCACAGUCUCUGAACAAUUCCCAGGCCAAAUUCCGAGCCUUGGGGAACUUGGGGGAUAUUUUUGUCUGUAAGAAAGACAUACAUGGUGCAAUAAAAUUUUAUGAGCAGCAGUUGAGCUUAGCCCAUCAUGUUAAAGACAGGAGACUGGAAGCCAGUGCCUAUGCAGCCUUGGGCUCUGCAUACAGGAUGGUACAGAAGUGUGACAAGGCUUUAGGUUACCACACGCAGGAGCUGGAGGUGUAUCAGGAGCUGGGGGAUAUGCCGGGUGAAUGCAGAGCACACGGUCACCUUGCUGCAGUGUAUAUGUCACUUGGGAAGUACACCAUGGCCUUCAAGUGCUAUGAAGAACAGCUGGAGCUGGGGCAGAAGUUAAAGGACCCCAGCAUCGAAGCCCAAGUCUACGGUAACAUGGGCAUUACCAAGAUGAACAUGAAUGUCAUGGAGGAAGCGAUUGGCUACUUUGAACAACAGCUGGCCAUGCUGCAGCAGCUCAGUGGGAAUGAAUCCGUGUUAGAUCGGGGACGAGCGUAUGGGAACCUGGGAGAUUGUUAUGAGGCUCUGGGAGAUUUUGAGGAAGCUAUAAAGUAUUAUGAACAGUACCUGUCUGUGGCUCAGAGCUUGAACCGUAUGCAAGAUCAGGCAAAGGCCUACCGAGGCUUGGGCAGUGGGCACAGGGCUAUGGGAAGUUUGCAGCAGGCUCUGGUGUGCUUUGAGAAGAGGCUUGUUGUGGCACAUGAGCUGGGGGAGGCAUUUAACAAAGCCCAGGCCUAUGGGGAACUGGGCAGCCUGCAUAGCCAGCUGGGAAACUAUGAGCAAGCCAUCUCCUGCCUGGAGCGGCAGCUGAACAUCGCUCGGGAGAUGAAGGACCGAGCCCUGGAGAGCGACGCUGCCUGUGGCCUCGGCGGGGUCUACCAGCAGAUGGGCGAGUACGAGACCGCCCUGCAGUACCACCAGCUGGACCUGCAGAUCGCUGAGGAGACCAACAACCCCGCUGGCCAGGGCCGGGCCUACGGCAACCUGGGCCUGACCUACGAGUCCUUGGGCACCUACGAGAGGGCGGUGGUUUAUCAGGAGCAGCACCUCAGCAUUGCGGCGCAAAUGAACGACCUUGUAGCCAAAACUGUGUCUUACAGCAGCCUGGGGAGGACUCACCAUGCUUUACAGAACUACUCUCAGGCUGUGAUGUAUCUGCAGGAAGGACUGAGACUGGCAGAACAGCUGGGACGCAGGGAAGAUGAAGCAAAAAUCCGUCACGGCCUUGGCCUCUCCCUCUGGGCAAGUGGGAACCUGGAGGAGUCCCAGCACCAGCUCUACCGGGCCUCUGCACUGUUUGAAACCAUCCGACACGAGGUGCAGCUGAGCACAGAUUACAAGCUGUCACUCUUCGACCUGCAGACAUCCUCCUAUCAGGCCCUGCAGCGGGUGCUUGUCAGUCUGGGUCACCACGAUGAGGCGUUGGCAGUAGCAGAGAGAGGACGAACGAGGGCAUUUGCUGACCUGCUCGUGGAACGUCAGACUGGGCAGCAGGACUCAGAUCCCUAUUCUCCAGUGACCCUUGACCAGGUCCUGGAGACUGUGAAUGGCCAGAGGGGACUUGUUCUCUACUACUCAUUGGCUGCAGGUUAUCUGUACAGCUGGCUGCUGGCUCCUGGGGCAGGAAUUCUGAAAUUCCAUGAGUAUUAUCUGGGUGACAGCCUGACAGAAAAUGCUGGGGACUUCCAUGAAGCCAACAGCGUGACCCUGCAGACACUGACAAACUCGGCACUGGAGCAGCACAUCUCCAGCGUGCGGGAGGCUCUGGGAGUGGAUUCCUACUAUACCCGAGCCUGUGCCAGCAGCGAGACAGAGAGUGAAGCUGGGGAUAUCAUGGACCAGCAGUUUGAGGAGAUGAAUAACAAGCUGAACUCAAUGACUGAUCCAACUGGCUUCCUGAGGAUGGUCAGCAGGAACAACAUGAUGAACAGGAGCUGCCAGAGCAUGACCAGUCUGUUCAGCAGUACCAUGUCUCCUGUUAAGGAUGGAACAUCCUCACUUCCGAGGAGGCAGACUUCCUUCACCAAACCCCCACUCCGUGCGCUCUACGACUUAUUGAUAGGACCCAUGGAAGGAGGUUUGAUGCAUUCCAGUGGGCCUGUUGGCCGCCACCGUCAGCUGAUCCUGGUUCUGGAGGGAGAACUGUACCUCAUUCCUUUUGCUCUCCUGAAGGGCAGUUCAUCCAACGAGUACCUCUAUGAGCGCUUCAGCCUCAUCGCAGUGCCGUCCAUCCAGUCGCUGAAUCCCAGCUCCAAGUCCCAUGUGAGGAAGAAUACUCCUGCUUACUCCAGUUCUACCUCAAUGGCAGCUGUCAUAGGAAAUCCCAAGCUUCCUUCAGCAGUUAUGGACAGGUGGCUGUGGGGACCUAUGCCCUCUGCAGAAGAGGAAGCAUAUAUGGUAUCUGAGUUACUUGGCUGCCAGCCCUUAGUCGGCAGUGCAUCAACAAAAGAGAGGGUCAUGAGUGCCCUCACUCAGGCAGAAUGUGUCCAUUUUGCAACCCAUGUCUCCUGGAAGCUGGCUGCUUUGGUCCUGACACCCAACAGUGACAGCAAUCCAGCCAGCAGCAAGAGUUCUUUUGGGAACCCCUACACAAUCCCAGAAUCUCUUCGGAUGCAGGAUGAUGCCAGUGAUGUGGAAAGCAUCUCAGACUGCCCUCCUCUUCAGGAGUUCCUGCUUACAGCAGCUGACGUCCUGGAUCUGCGGCUUCCAGUCAAGCUAGUGGUUCUUGGCUCUUACCAAGAGUCCAGCAGCAAAGUCACUUCUGAUGGAGUCAUUGGCUUGACAAGAGCAUUCCUGGCAGCUGGGGCUCAGUGUGUGCUUGUGUCACUCUGGCCCAUUCCUGUGGCUGCUUCCAAAAUGUUUGUGCAUGCCUUCUAUUCCUCUCUCUUAAACGGGAUGAAAGCCAGUGCAGCCCUCGGAGAAGCGAUGAAAACCGUGCAGAGCAGCAAGCAGUUCUCCCAUCCGGCCAACUGGGCAGGCUUCAUGCUUAUUGGGAGUGAUAUGAAGCUGAACAGCCCUUCUUCGCUGGUAGGACAGGCCCUGAUUGAGAUCCUGCAGCACCCUGAAAGGGCCCGGGAUGCUCUGCGUGUCCUGCUUCAUCUGGUGGAGAAAUCACUGCAGCGAAUCCAGAAUGGGCAGCACAACUCCAUGUACACCUCCCAACAAAGUGUGGAGAAUAAAGUUGGUGGCAUUCCAGGCUGGCAGGCACUCCUCACUGCAGUGGGAUUUCGGCUGGACCCACCAGCCAGCGGCCUCCCAGCAGCAGUGUUCUUCCCAACCUCAGACCCCGGGGACCGGCUGCAGCAGUGCAGCACCACCAUCCAGUCCCUCCUAGGUUUGCCUAACCCUGCACUUCAGGCACUUUGUAAACUUAUCACUGCUUCAGAAACAGGAGAACAGCUUAUCAACAGGGCUGUUAAAAAUGUGGUGGGAAUGCUGCAUCAAGUCCUGGUUCAACUUCAGGCAGGCGAGAAGGAGCAAGAUUUCUCCUCUGCACCAAUCCAGGUCUCCAUCAGUGUCCAGCUCUGGAGGCUGCCUGGCUGUCAUGAGUUUCUGGCAGCUCUAGGUUUUGACCUUUGUGAAGUUGGCCAAGAGGAGGUGAUUCUGAAAACUGGGAAGCAAGCUACCAGGAGGACUAUGCACUUUGCUCUACAAUCCUUGCUGGCACUUUUUGAUUCUACAGAGCUGCCCAAGCGCCUUAGCCUGGACAGUUCCUCAUCACUGGAGUCACUGGCUUCUGCUCAGUCUGUUUCCAACCCUGUACCCCACUAUCAAAACCCUCCGUUCUCUCCCACCUGUCCAGACAGCAUUGCCUCAGAUGCCAUUUCGGUGUACAGCCUGAGCUCCAUUGCUUCUUCCAUGAGCUUUGUUUCCAAGCCAGAGAGCAUGCUGGAUGGGGUGGGACACAGAGGUCGCCAGGAUUAUGAGAGGCCCAAGAACAUCUAUCCACAUAGGUCUGCAGCUCAGAGCCAGCUAUCACCACAAGCCACCACUGCAGCCAGCAAAGAUGAGGAAGAGUAUGAAGGUUUCUCCAUAAUCAGCAACGAGCCUUUGGGCAGUUACCAAGAAAACAUAAACCCAGGAUUUUCCCCUGAUCACAAACAGCCCAAAACUGGUCAGACUGGAGGCAUUAAAGAGUCUGUCAACUCCAAAGGGAGCAUAAGUACUCCAAAUUCUCCUGUUAAAAUGACUCUUGUCCCCAGUCCAAAUUCACCUUUCCAAAAAGUUGGGAAACUUGCAAGUUCUGAUACUGGGGAAUCUGACCAGUCUAGCACUGAAACCGACAGCACUGUCAAAUCCCAGGAGGACAGUAAUCCAAAGCUUGAUCCACAAGAGUUGGCACAAAAAAUUCUGGAGGAAACUCAGAGUCACCUCAUUGCUGUUGAACGUCUUCAGAGAAGCAGCAGCCAGAUAAGCAAGAGCAGCAAUUCGGAUGACGGGGCUCCCGCCCCGGCUGGCGUGUCCGCGUUCCGCUCCUCGGAGACCAGCGCGUUCAGCCGGCCCGUCAGCUCCGGCCAGAGGAAUCAGUCUUCACCUCUUGCAAUUAAACCAAAGCCUCCAACAAGGAGUUCAUCCCUUCAGAAGGUGAGCUCUGGCUAUAACAGCCCCACAACAUCGGAGAUGUCAAACAGAGAAGGCACAGGUCAGUACAGUGGGCAGCCAUCUCCAGGUUGUGAUUCCCAGGGGUCCCUAACUGAGCAGCCUCCCUUUAAACUCAAGUACCCCAGCUCUCCUUACAGUGCUCAUAUUUCUAAAUCACCCAGAAACAUAUCUCCGAGCUCAGGGCAUCAGUCUCCUGGUGGCAGCACUCCAUCUCCUGCUCUUUCUUAUUCCUCAGCUGGUUCUGCUCGCUCGAGUCCAGCUGAUGCCCCAGACAUAGACAAAUUAAAAUUGGCUGCCAUCGAUGAAAAAGUGCAAGCAAUUCACAACUUAAAGAUGUUCUGGCAAAGCACUCCCCACCACUCCACUGGCCCAGUAAAGAUUCUCCGAGGAGCUCCUGGAACGAUGACUUCUAAGAAAGAUGUCCUCAGCUUGCUCAAUUUAUCUCCACGGCACAGCAAAGAAGAAAACGCGGAGAAGCUGGAACUGAAGGACCUAUCUAUUGAGCAACACCUUGCUGCUUCGCCACAAAAGAUCCCUCCAAAUGGACACAGACACCCUGAAACCACAAAUGCUGUGACAUCAGCUCAUUCCCCGCCGCCCGGCAGCACCGCGGGAGCCGUGCGGCCCCUGAGGCUGCCGGCGGGGAACGGGUAUAAAUUUUUGUCACCGGGAAGAUUUUUUCCUUCCUCCAAAUGUUGAAAUGUCCCGAGUACCAGCUGAUGACUUACAGUCUUGUUAAAGUAUUUGCUUCUGCCCACUUGCCUUUACCAAAACAGAACCAAUACCUAAGCAGCCGUGGUCAUGCCCCCAGCUGGCGGUGCCCAGGGAUGGGACAGGCUGUCAUUGUGGGGGCACACGGCCUCACACACAUGGGUUUUCAUUUCCCUUAUCAGGACCUCAGCCAGACUCACCUGAUAACAGGUUCUUUGUAGUGUUCAGUAUUUGCAGCAACGGGUCCAAAGCAUCUGGUUGUCUGUUCAUUAAAUACUGGCUUUUAAGCCACCUCCUUGUAUUUUUUUUAACCCAAGAGGAGGUUUUACAGCUGGCUUUUUAUAUUAUAAAUUAUACAUAUCAGGGGUUGGAGAGGAAAGGGAGAGGAGGCAGAACGUUCCUGUGUGCCAGAAAGAACAUAUGCACAAGUUUCUGCCUGGAGAAGGAUGAGCCAUUUACUGCUUUCAAAGGCUGACAGAGGAGAAGAUCACACACCUCUAGAUACUUCUGCCAGGUUGGUCAAAACUGCUGGCAGGAAAACUCCAUAGCAGCAGGAUCUGGCAGUUCUCUUGCAUCAUUUAGAGUCUGGUGAAAAAAGGACAAGAGGACAGAGGUGCCCCAUUCUAAAAUCUGCAUCUCAGGUAACUUUUCUGGAGGGAAACCCCUCAGGUGAGACUUUGCUGAUUAGUCUGUUCAGAGGGAACGUUUGGGCCUAACGAGCCAGGUGAGCCUGAGCAUGAGGUAGUGAGUGUGUGUCAGAGAGACAAGCUCUGGUUUUAUUGAGUGCUCUGUCUCUCUGGUACACUGCGUUGCGAAGGUGAACUUUUCAUCCUGGCAGGUAUUUGGGCAGCACUGAUGUCUUCUGUCUGCUCACUGAGCACAAAAAAGGAUUACAGAUGCUGCAGCUGAGAACAUUAUUUUACAGUUCCAUGGCAGGCAGGAAUGUGUCAUCAGUAUGUGUGAUUUAGACAUCACCUGACCAAAAAAAUCCCUCACUGAUCCUGCUAAAUCAUUGAUUGCCAUGGCUCAGUACAGGCAGGUCUGCAAACCUUUUCCCUGCUGCAGAAGAAGGUUUCCUUUGGAGCAGGUGUGGAAACAAGUUUCCUUUGGGGCAGGUGUACAGUACCAAUGUGAGCAGCUGUCGGUGCAGUGGGAGCAUAAACACGAGGCAGAAAGCGGAGGGGACGGAUGCAGAACCUGAGUGCCCUCUGCCCUGUGGAGGAAAGGGGACCAAGAGCACCCCGAGGGUGAUGUGUACAGUCAGCUUUCCUAGGCUAGGUGGGGUUUAGGAGCUAGGGAUCAGGUUGGAGGUAUUUCUUCUAAGUGGCUGUCAAAUGCAGUGAUGUGAUGGGGAUCCCAGUGAUCGUUUCCAUGCACUGAAGCCGUGGGCGUGCCGCAGCAUCAACCCCACCACGUGUGCUCAGAUCCACGCAAGGGAUUCACAGGCCACGGGCUAUGAAGUCGGAGCACUGGAUCACCAAGGUUUUUGGUGUCUAUUCUGCACUCCCAGAAUUGGCUGAGUGACUGAAGGCCAAUCACUUCACCUCUCCGUGCCUCGUCUUCCCUUUCUAUCUAAAUGGGGAUAGUAAUACUUACCUACCUACCUCACAGAGGUGUUGUGAGGCUGAAUUCAUUAGGCCCUGAGUUUUAGCUGGAUCUUAAGUCAGCUUCCAGUCUUGCAGCUGACUACCUGAACAGUGAGUGCAGGCAGCUCUGUGGACGUACCAGGGGGUGCGUUGCUGACGCAGAGAAUUGUUGCACUUGGCGUGGCUGGAUGCUCUUGCUGAGAAUGUGGAUCUGAUCAUUUGUGAUUUUCUUAUGGAUCUUGGAGGAAAAGCAUGAUAGCAGGGCAGAGAUUCAGUUCUGAUACCGAAACGUGAAAUUGCUUAGGCUCAGCUUGCUCACAGGGUGUAAUCAGAUGCUUGCUGUGAGAAUGUUCUGGAAUCUGCUAGUUUUGGAGGAACAUUUUCCUUUUUGUCGUUGAAAGAAAUGAACACAAGCACUAAAGGUGAAGGAUGUUGGGCUGGGUUGUUACAGCCAGCUACCAAGGGAUGGGGGAUCACCAAAGUUUCAGUGCAGAGACAGAAGGAGUAGUGAGUUACUCACCUAUUCAUAUGCAAUGUAGCAGAACAGUUGGGUUAAUCUGUUCAAUUUAUAUAAUGCAAGUUAUUUGUCUGUACAUGACAUCUUCCUGUGAUGGUUUGGUGCUAAACAUCACCUUCAUGUCAUUUGGCAGGAAAAAUUAGAAUAUUGGGCCAAAAUAAGUCAGCAGAGUGUCUGCCCCUUGUGGAGACAGUGAUGCUGCUGAUUGUGCCACUUGCUGUGGUCACAGGACUGCUGAGAGACUUCACGUGACCUGCUCUGUUUCUAACCAGCAUAACUGUUUUGAAACGACAUCCCAGGAACACCCAGGAUGGAAGUGGGCAGUUUUUUGUUUAUAGCAACAGCAAAUACUCCCUGUAGUGCUGCAUAACAUGCCAGAAAUAAGCCUCUGUGUUGUAGUUUACUUCCAUAACUAAAGGAUCUUUUAACCUGUAGAAAUUCUAUGCUGCCAUUUUGGUACAACCCAUUUCCAUGCUCCAGCAAGUUUCAUGCUGGCUUAAAGCUUUCAGACAGAGCUAAAUCGGGGUGGGGGGCGUGGGGGGAGUGGUUCUUCUGUUGUUGUUUUUAAGGAGGGGGGAGCAUUAGAAACAGGGAAGGGUUUGGAUGUAGAGAAAGUUCAGUAUUUGGGAAUUUGGUGUUGUAUAAAUAUGGAAGGUGAGUGUCACUAGAACAAGUCUUUUGGGAAAUUGGUCUCCACUGACUUGGCACAGGGCACUUCCAUUGGCUUGCCAUGAAAUGCAUGCUUACUCGUGGCUGGGAGACACUGCACACACCUUGUGCCUCACUCCUCCACCCCCUGAAUGAGAAACAACCCCUUUGUGAGGAAAAAGUUUUAUCAGGCUUGCCCAAUAUGUGGAGAAAUUCAGGAUAUGAAAAUCACGUAUUCUCCGUUUGCUAUUAGAAUUCCUUCUGUGGAGUUAAUGCAUUUGUCGUUGUUGUAUUUGUGCAUGGUACAAGUGACAACACUGCAUAAUACAGUGAGCAAUAACAAUUAGGUAUUAACCACUUUCACAUUAAACCUGCCACGUGCAACCAUUCCCCAAGGCCCCAUAGAGUGUUUUGGUUUUGCCCCAUACUUUUUACUGUGUGAGAUUUCAGAUUUUUUAUUGACUGUCUUUAGCUCCAACUAAAUGGGAACAGUAAACAAUCUCUCUGAUCAAAAUCUAGUUUAAUUUGAUUUUGUUGGUUAGCCUGUACCUCUGGCCUGGUAUUGAUUUUCUUUCUCUUUAAUCCUACCUUACUGAAACAAGGAAAAAGCAUUGAGGGGGUGCUAUACCCACGCAUAUCACUCCAGGCCAUAUUUCUUUUCAUUAGGUCAAACUCGUUCCGUGAACAUCUCUUCCAAGUUGCAGAACAGAUCCAGGGGCACAGGGGUGUCUGUGAAUCUGUUAGGAAACACUGGUAGUUUCAGCUGGAUGGUGAUAAUGGGUUUGAGCAGUUCUGGGUUCGUUGCAUUGCCAGGCUGCCCAGAAGGGCUGCUCGUGUGUGUGGACGCUCGUCCCCUUGGCUGCAGAAGUGUUUCAGAAGAGCGCUGGAGAUGGUGACCCAGAGAGGAUGGUCAGCAGAGACUUCCCAGCAGCAGCCCUUCAGCACUUGCUCUCCCUGUGUGCAGUGUUAGCCAUGUUUGGCCUCUAUGGACUUUCUAUGUAAAUUAAAACUCUGUUUCCAGACAGCAUUAAACUUUUUAUAUUAUGAAAUUUACCAUGUAAAAAGAUUUUCAUAUUUUUAUUGAAAUUGCUAAGGCAUUUGGCCUUCCUUCUUUGUGAUUUCAGUGUCUAUUAAAGCAUGAGUUCUCUCAGUGCCUCAA